CUGGAGCUUUCUGAAAUCUGCGCCGGCACACGCGUGCGAUAUAAUACCAUAAGAAAUUUCCCGAAGAUUCACACGAGUCAUCGUCGAAAUCGUGUUUAUCGCUCGAGUGAAUAGGCGGACAUCAGGAACGAGAUAGAGAUUUGCAUUUUUGGUGUGCGCCAUGGAUGAUAAGGUAGCUUUACUGAAAGAACAGGGAAAUGCUGCUUUACAAACGGGCAAUUAUGAUGAGGCUAUUAGAUGCUACACAGAAGCAAUCGCUCUAGAUGGCAAUAAUCAUGUUCUCUAUAGUAACCGCUCGGCAGCAUAUGCAAAAUCCGAGAAUUAUCAGCAGGCGCUGGAAGAUGCCGAGAAGACUGUCAGUUUGAAGCCAGAUUGGGGAAAGGGUUAUUCACGCAAGGGCAGUGCUCUUGCCUAUCUAGGUAGAUACAACGAGUCUAUCCAGGCUUAUGAGAAAGGUCUACAAUUGGAUCCGAAUAAUGCACAGCUGAGAAGUGGUCUGGCCGAAGUGAGGGCCCAGAAAACAGCCACUGCAACCAACCCAUUCAACAAGCCGGAUGUAUUUGUCAAAUUAGCAAACGAUCCUAGAACAAAGGGAUAUCUGUCUGAUCCUGAAUAUAUUAAGCUGCUGCAAGAACUGCGAUCCAAUCCACAGAAUCUAGGUACUAAACUUCAAGAUCCCCGAGUACUCACUACCCUUAGUGUACUAUUAGGAUUGGAUGAACCGAUGGAAACCGAACCGGUUCCACCAGAACCGCCAAAACCCAGCCCAAAACCAGAACCGAAGCCCCAGCCGAAAAAAGAGGAAGACAAUCUUCCGCCUGAAAAAAGAAAAGCUUUAGAGGAGAAGAAACUCGGUAAUGAAGCUUACAAGAAGAAAAACUUUGAGGAAGCUUUACAGCAUUACAACAAAGCUGUGGAAUUGGAUCCAACGGAAAUUGUUUAUUUACUGAACAUAGCGGCAGUGUACUUUGAGCAGAAGGAAUAUGAGAAAUGUAUCACCCAAUGUGAGAAGGCUAUUGACGUUGGUAGAGAGAACAGAGCGGAUUUCAAAUUGAUAGCUAAGGCUUUCACGAGAAUCGGUCAUGCUUAUAAGAAAAUGGAGAACUGGAAGCAAGCCAAGGUGUAUUAUGAAAAAUCCAUGUCUGAACACAGAACGCCGGAGAUUAAAACCUUACUCUCGGAUAUAGAUAAAAUAAUUAAGGAGGAAGAGAGAAAGGCUUAUAUUGAUCCGGUUAAAGCAGAAGAGGAAAAAGAACUCGGAAAUCAAAAAUAUAAAGAUGGCGAUUAUCCCGCGGCUAUAAAACAUUAUUCCGAAGCGAUUCGGAGAAAUCCGGAUGAUCCGAAAUAUUACAGUAACAGAGCUGCUUGUUACACUAAAUUGGCGGCUUUUGAUCUCGGUUUGAAGGAUUGCGAGAAGGUUGUUGAGUUGGAUCCGAAAUUCAUCAAAGGCUGGAUUAGGAAAGGAAAAAUUCUACAGGCUAUGCAACAGCAGGGAAAAGCUUUGACGGCGUACCAGAAGGCCCUCGAAUUAGAUUCGCAAAACAGCGAAGCGUUAGAAGGCUAUCGCUCUUGCGCCGUGUCUGCUAGUUCGAAUCCGGAAGAAGUUAGAAAGAGAGCAAUGGCGGAUCCAGAGAUCCAGAAUAUAUUGCGAGAUCCAGCAAUGAGGUUGAUCUUAGAACAAAUGCAAAGUGAUCCAAGAGCUAUACAAGACCAUCUGCAAAAUCCCGAUAUAGCUGCAAAAUUACUAAAACUUCUGGAAUCUGGUCUCAUCGCUAUUCACUGAACAAGGAAUUACAUAUAAUGUAUUUGUAAUAAAAAAGAAAAGUAACACACUCUGCUAUCAAGUUCCUUUAAUAUUAAGGAAAUUCGCAUUCGUGUAUUGCAGAUACAUUAGCUGUAUGGGAUAUAUUUAUCAUCAUACUCUUGCUCUUAAAAUCUGUGUUCAAAAAGCCAUUUGGAAUAAAAGUUACAUUGUACACAUAAUUUUUUCGUGCAAAUGCAGUGGCCUUUAGUGUCAUCGAUGACUUUUGCAUUAUGAGACUUGUUACGAUGAUCAUGUGUAUAUCAUCGCUGAUAUACAAUAUAGUGAAACUCUUUGUGCAAAAAAGAAGUGGAGCUGUGAAAACUUUAAAAAUAUGUAAUAUUUACAAUUAAAAAAGAAACUUACUCCGAUGGCGAAACCGUGAAUAAUACCACUUUGGAAGUUGAUAGUGCUAUUGUAUGAUUUAAGUAUAAAAGCUGUUUAGAAUUAGAACAUUAAUCUUCUAAAGUAGUAAAGAAUUUCAUUUUUAAAACGAUUUCUGUAUAUGAUGCACACACUAACAUUUUACUAUUGAUUUAAUUUAGUGCUUUUAGUACUAAAAUUAAUCAUAAUGAUAUAAAUGAAUGCGAAAUCGGAUUAAGGCGACAACCAAGUAAUAAGAGGAAUGCUUCGAAUAAAAAAAUCUUUUUAAAUCGAA